GAAGGGGCUCCUCGGCCUUAUCGGGUAAUCCCCUAUCGCAGAAACAGCAAGUUCACGGGCCGUAAAGCUCUCAUUGAAUCGAUAAAGAGGGUUUCCAAGGGUAACGGCCACCGCCGGGUCGCGCUUCAUGGAUUAGGCGGAUCUGGGUAUGUAUUCAUUAUUCUUAUUUCGGGGACUUACUAACAUUGUUUAGGAAAACCCAGAUUGCCCUCGAAUACGUUCACCAGCUUGCGAGCAAGAGCGAUAGUGAUGUCUUCUGGGUGCAGGGGAGUGGGGUAGUAAAGUUUAUUGAGGGUUUCAGAGCUAUUGCAGAAUAUGUUCGAAUUCUUCCUGCCAGCGCCGAGGGGGACCAAGAACAACUCCUGGCGAGCAUAAAGAGGUGGCUCGAAGGUCCGGACAGUGGCGAGGAGGACUUCAUUGGGAAUAACGGUCCCAUCUCCAAAUUCUCACCGCAGGGACAGAGGGGUACCCUAAUAUUCACCACUAGAUGUCUCCGGGUCGCAUCCUGGCAGGAUUGCGAAAGAAUUGAGGUCGGAAAAAUGGACGAGGAUGAAGCGCAGGCGAUGUUUGCAAAGCGUUUUGGUAGCCGGAACAAUUUGAGUGAGGAAGAUAAAGCAGCGAUCACAAUGAUCCUGGGUUCCAUACAUCACGUCCCGCUGGCUAUCGUGGGUGCAGCAGCUUUCAUGACCGAAACCCGGACACCGCCUUCCAUUUACUGGACUAUGUUUCGGGGGAGCGACGAUCAUGCGAAGAGACUGCUUUCACAACCGUUUUGUGAUAUCCAACGAGAGGCGGAUAUGACCGAAAGCAUCCUAGCUACGUACUUCAUCACCUUUAACCGAAUCACAGUGCAGAUGCCCCUAGCGGCCGAUCUCCUGCGUCUGAUUGCAUUCUUUGAUCGUCAGAACAUCCCCGAGGAGUUAUUGAGUAAAUGCGGUUUGGAAGGGAUGGAUGAUCCAAUUAAGUUUCGCCGGGCCAUUGGAAAUCUAUUAGGAUUUUCGCUAAUUACGGCGGCCGAAUGUAAGGACAAGACGUUUUACGAACUGCACCGUUUGGUCCAACUAUCUCUCCAGGUGUAUUUACCAACAGAAGCAUUGGAUCAGUGGAGGGCCAAGUCUCUGGGAGUGGUUGCAAGGUUGUUCCCUGGGGGUGUGGACGGGCGGAGAUACGUUGGUUCUGCAUACAUUCCGCAUGCAGUUGCGGUGACCAAAGAUUCACGGGAUCCCAUUGCCGAAGAGCUAUGUUUUCGCCUAGGACAGUGUUUUCUAGAAAUGGGUUUCUACAAUGACGCAGAAAUUCAAUUCCGUCCAUGUAUUGAGCUGCGAUAUAAGAGUAAAGAGUAUGCGUGGGCUGAGCAGGGUCUGAGAAGGGUUAUACUGCUGGGGGCGGUAAUCGCGUAUCAAGGAAAGGCAGAAGUGGCCGAGAAGAUAUUGCGGGACUUAUUAGUGGAUAUUGAAGUAUCAUUUGGUCGAGAUAAUCUCAUCGUCCUCGAGGCUGUCGACUACCUCGGUAUCGUAUUACGAGACCGGGGAAAGUACACUGAAUCCGAGAUAAUGCAUCGACGUGCACUGGAGGGGCGAGAGAAGAUUCUUGGAGCAGACCACCCGGACACCCUGACAAGUGCCAACGACCUGGCUAUUCUGCUGAAAAGUAAAGGAAAUUAUAGCGAAUCAGAGAUGAUGAACCGUCGUGCACUGAAGGGGUAUGAGAAGAUUCACGGACCAGACCACCCGUACACUCUAACAAGUGUCGGCAACCUGGCUACGGUGCUCCAACGCCAACGAAAGUACAAUGAAUCCGAGACGAUGAAUCGACGUGCACUGGAGGGGCGUGAGAAGAUUCUUGGAGCGGACCACCCGGACACCCUGACAAGUGCCAACGACCUGGCUAUACUGCUGGAAAGUCAAGGGAAUUAUAGCGAAUCAGAGAUGAUGAACCGUCGUGCACUGAAGGGGUAUGAGAAGAUCCAUGGACCAGACCACCCGUACGCUCUAACAAGUGUCAGCAACCUGGCUACGGUGCUAGAACGUCAAGGAAAGUAUACCGAAUCCGAGACCAUGCGUCGGCGUGCACUGGAGGGCCGCCAGAGGACACUUGGACCAGACCAUCCCAAAACCCGGUCGAGCGCCCGCAAGCUGGCCGCACUGUUGCGAUCACAAGGAUUCCCCGAUGAUUCA